CCGCCACGGCCCGCUGGAGCCAUGAGCUCCCACCGCAGCGAGAGCGACUGGCAGGGGCUGGUGAGCGAGUAUCUGGUGUGCAAAAGGAAGCUCGAAAGUAAAAAGGAAGCAUUGCUAAUCCUUUCCAAAGAGCUGGACACCUGUCAACAAGAAAGAGACCAGUACAAGCUUAUGGCCAACCAGUUGCGGGAACGACAUCAGUCUCUGAAAAAGAAGUAUCGGGAGCUGAUUGAUGGGGAUCCAUCCCUUCCACCUGAAAAGAGGAAACAGGCAAAUCUUGCACAACUACUGAGUGAGGCUCAAGAUCGAAAUAAACAUCUUGGAGAAGAGAUUAGAGAGCUUCAGCAGAGACUGGGAGAAGUACAAGGUGACAAUAAGCUCCUUCGAAUGACAAUAGCAAAGCAAAGACUUGGAGAUGAUGAAGUUGGGGCUCGCCACUUUGCAGCACAUGAACGGGAGGACCUUGUUCAACAAUUGGAGAAGGCUCGAGAGCAAAUCGAGACUCUGAGAUGUGAUCUUCAGGCUACACUGGAUGAGUUACAGGAUGUGAAAGAGGAACGUUCUUUUUACCAAGAUAAGUCUGACAGACUAAACCAAGAACUUAAUCAUGUCUUAGGAGGGCAUGAAAACCGUAUCAUCGAUGUAGAUGCUCUAUGUAUGGAGAACAGGUAUCUUCAAGAGAGAUUAAAACAACUUCAAGAGGAAGUCAACCUUCUUAAAUCUAAUAUUACUAAAUAUAAGAAUGCACUAGAGAGACGAAAAAAUUCAAAGACUCAUAGUAGAUCCAGUAGCAGUGCUCUGACUGGAGUCCUGUCUGCAAAGCAAGUCCAAGAGUUGUUGUCGGAGGAUCAUGGAUGUAGCCUACCAGCCACACCACAGUCCAUUUCAGAUCUCAAAUCACUGGCCACUGCAUUGCUGGAAACCAUCCAUGAAAAAAACAUGGUCAUACAACACCAAAGGCAAACCAACAAAAUUCUAGGUAAUCGAGUGGCAGAACUAGAAAAGAAAUUAAGAACUUUGGAAAUUGCUGGCUUGUGGAGUCUUCCAGGCCUGAGCUACAAUGUCUCAGUGGGAUUUGGGAGUGGAAAGGAUACCAUAACAUUCAGUGACCCAACUUUGCCUGUUAUACAGCGGUCCAGGUCACCAUUGUUAGCGUUUACUGAUAAGCCGCAGAAAACUGAAGUACAAGCAGAACAGAGGGGAGAACAUGAUGAAACUUGUGCUGUUGCAAGCGAGUCCCUGGCUCCAGAGGGAACAAACUUAAAUAACAGAAACCAAAAUAAACAUUUUUAUCCUUCAUUACCCCAGCUACCUUCUGAGGAAGAAGAAAUAAACAAGCUUGGAAGUCAGAUAAUUGAACUGACAGAGCAGGCAGUUGCAGAACUGGAAGGGAAAAAAGCAGGCGCUUCCGCAGGGGAGCAGAACACGGUGGUUGGAGCAGAGCUUAAUGGUUCAUCUGAGGGAGAGUUUCCACUUUUCAGCCCUGACCCAUCUGACCCCACAGAUCCCUCAAACUCAGAGAACGAACAAACAGCUGAAACUGAGGCCCUGAAAGACAAUGAGGAAACCUCAGAGAGCGAUUGCGAAAUUCCAAAUGAAAGAGGGGAUCGAAAUAGCAGCACCAUGGAUGUGAUGCAGACUGAGGACCCUGGAAGGCAUGGAGGGCUCAGUGUUACAACUGCACACACAAAUAACAGCUUUGAGGAGCUCCCUGAAUCUGAAAGGAAGAAACCAUCUGAUCCUGCUGAAAACUGUGAAUACUUGGAUAGCAGUUUGGCUUGAGCUCAUCUCAUGAAAAUGCAGGGAGUUAUUUCACCACAUACUGAGAAGCCGAUUUAAUGAAGCUCUGAAGGAAACAUCAUCAGAGAAGCCAGAAGUCGUUCUGUGAGAAACGGCAAUGCUGUUCCAACGCAAAGAGAACAGCAAGAGGAAACCAGUGAUGCCCUGUCCACCUACUUGGCUCUCUCAGUUACUGGAAUUGCAUUCUUCAACCUACAGGAGCUGGAACAGCCCUCAGGCUGAGUAAUGGGUAGUAGAUUUCAGCCUACUCCAUCUGUGCCCUCCUUUCUAAAGGAAUCUGUGUCUUUUUUAUUUUCUUAUGUUUUGGAAUUAAGGAUAACUUUUCCUUUCCUCAUCGUUUAACCAGUCUGUGUUGUGGUAGGUUUAUUUGCAUUGUUGCCACUUAAACUUCUUCCUUUGUUGAUGUUUAGUCAUAGGAAAACAUUCCUAUAAUAACUGGGGAAAAGGGAGGCUGCUGUCGUUCCCUAGCUUGCUCCUGAUGCUGGAGCUGUGCCACUCUGCUCCUAGGAAGGCAGCAACAAGGGAAUACUUAACACUGAAGUUAGCAGCUGUUGGAGAAGGGGAGGCACGUCCUUCCUCUCCUGUUUGUAGCAUAAGGAAUAGUCUCUGCAGCUGUGGAGCUUCUAUGGGCCAGCAGCCGUCAAGGCAAUUUUUCUGCUGGCUUGGGACCUAAUUGUCUGUAAAUGUUCAUUUCUCACUCCUAGAACUUGAAACCAAUCAGAGAGAAUUAAACCAAAUUUAAUAAAAUACUACUAAUAAAAAGGAAAAUCCCUCCCAGAUUGAGUCCUUCUUUGACAAAUAACUGCCAGCUGCAAAUUUUUACAGCCCACUUGUCAGCUACUGAAUAAACAGAGUUUAUAUUAGCAAUACUGACAAACUCUUCUUUAUAUGGAAGAUGAGCUAGCAGGUGCUGCCAUAAUCAAGGUGUCAGAGUCCAUGAACAGUUUGCGUUCAGCAGCAGAAAGGCUGUAUGUGAAUUAUUACAUAUAAAUACAAGGAAUGAUAGUGGGAAGGUGAAAAAUGUGGCUUGUCUCUGUUCUCAUGUGUUUUCCCUAGCAGGUGCAUUCAUGUAACCCUUUCAGUGUCUGUCUGCAGGCAGUAAAGCCAUACUCACAAUUCUCCUCAAAUAUGUUUCCUUUCUCUUUAAAGGUAAUUGCAGCAUUUCACUGAUAUUAAGCAGCAGCCCUUAGGAACAAAAAUCAUCUAUAUAUUUAAGCAUAUUAGGGACAUGAAGCAGUAAAAAGUUUUUCUUUCAUUAUGCUGAUCACCAUUUAAGUUCCUCAUCACCUGAAAAACUAAGAAGAGUUUAAGUAUUUGAAAGAUUGUUAUGCUGUUUCCAUUAAUUGUAACUGACUGCAUUAUUGACUCAUUUAUAUAACAGUACUGACAAGUUGGAAGAGAAAUAGCUGCAGAAACUGAAAUCUCUAGGAGAAUGUGGCAGGAUUUUUCCCUUUAAUGCUUGAAUGUCACACAAAGUAGCAUUUUAGUCAAGAUGUAUUCUUUUCCAUCUUUCACAGACUAAUCCUGCGCAGAGCUAAAUAUCAAUGCAGUCAGAGCUGAGGCAAGCGAGUAAGAAGGUCAAGAUUUCAUGUAGCUGAGCUCAGAAAUGUUGAGGGUUUUAGAUUGUCUCCCUGUCCUGUGUAUUUCCUCACCCACAGUUGUGUGAGUUAGCAUUUUGCUCCUGGUCCCUUAACAGCCAGUUAAUGCAAUUAAUUAAUGAAGAGCUUGGUGCAAAAAUUUGAGCAGGUAGAAGCAGUGCUGGACCAACAGCUUUUUAGUGCCUCAUUUGUUGAUUAUUUUUUUUUUUUUUAGUAUGUUUUUUCCAUGAGAACAUAGUGAUGCACAAACCAACAAUUAGGACAUCUUGGUAAUUAUCCUCACACCAUUCUCCCUCUUUGAUGCCAUUUUUAUAUAUUUGCAAUCAUUAAAUUCCAGUGAGAUAUCUAGAUCUCUGGAAACCUCAUUUUUAGUGCUACGUCACUGCUGCAAUUCUGUCCCUCUCCUUUUUGCCCUAGUGAAUGUGUAUUCUAGCUACCUUCUUAGCCUUCUCCCAGGACUUCAAAGCCAGGAGAUUGGUAAAAGUAAGACAUCUUUGCUGCACUAUGUGAUAACUAAUUGAAUAUUCUUGUCAGUAUCUUCCUUGGAUAUUGCUUUAAUUGAUGUUGUUGUGCUACUAGAAUGAUGAUUUUUUUCCCCCCAGUAAAUAAAUUAGUGUUUUGUUGUGGAAUCAACACUACUUCAGGUUUUUUGGGGGUGGGGGUGGUGGUUUUGUUUGGGUAGUUUUGGUUCUUUUUAGACGUGUUCCCUUUGUCUAGGACUUUAGAAAUGCAGAAAUUGCAUCCAGAGGUAUAAGCCUUUUUGGUGCUGGGCUCUGGGGAAGCAAACUGGGAAGGGAAUGUUGUGGAAGGGGUAUGGAGAAAGAUGCAUUUUGCAAACUGAUUUUAAGGAGAUUGUCUCACCUGAAAGUGAGUGAAUGCAUUAUCUGUUAGAAGGCUUUAAUUUGAAAGUACAACGUUUGUGGUUAUUUGAAAAACAAUGUUCACUGAACUUGUAAAAUAAGUGUGUGAAAAUGACAGAUUAAGAAGCAUCUUUUAGAAUGCUGUUUCUUUUCUCAGUGAGACUAUUUUUAAGCAUAUGGGAAUUUGUAUAAUAAAGACAGUGGAAUUUCUUUAAUCCAUAUGAGCUCAGGAAUGUAUUUCAAAAUCUUAACUGAGAUUAAGUUGAAAGUCUGCUACAUUUCUAAAAGAUAGGAUUUUGUUUACCAGCUUCUGUUUUGUAGUUUUACUUUUUAAAUUAUACAGUUUAAUUUAUUUGCAAGCCUCUCUUUUGUUGCUGCCUGGAUUAACUGCACAACAUGGUUCAACUAUAUUAAUACAUUUUGUCAUCUUUAAUAAAAACAUCU